GAAACGGAAGGGGGCCUGUGCGAGUGACAAGUCAGAGCGCGCCUCGGAUGUGGACAGAGUCUCCGGAAGCCGCGCCAGUGGAGCUCAGACGAGAAAAUCGAUCUCUCGAGACGAGCGAGAGACGGACGGAAGGAGAGGAUAAGCACGGCGGAGGACAGCUGCGAGAACAUUUAGAAUUCGCGUGGAGAGGCGUGCGAAUUGGGAUCGGGAGCUAUGGCCGCACUCUCCUUCAACCUCUUGAGUGCCAGGUGUUGCUGUAGAGGUUCUCUUUCGUCUUCGUCGUCGUCGCCCUCGACUUCGCAAGCUCACCCCAAUGCGCGGUCGCCAGUUUCAGCUCCGGCUCUCUCCGGCCGUUCUGCGGCCAGCGGUGUGACGAUUUCGGGAGCAGAAUCUGACUAUCGCGCUCCGGUGAAAAAUGACGAAGAAAAAUCCGAAUUUUGUUUCGCUAAAGCUUGUACGAAAUUGGGCCUCAUUGGUUUAGCUGCAGCAGCCAUAUGCUACACAAAUCCAGCUCUUGCCUACAAGGGUGGAGGCCCAUAUGGCAUGGAAGUCACGAGGGGUCAAGACCUUAGUGGGAAGGACUUCAGUGGUAAAACGCUUAUCAAGCAAGAUUUUAAAACGUCAAUCUUGCGACAAUGCAAUUUCAAAGGUGCAAAGCUGUUGGGAGCUAGCUUCUUUGAUUCUGAUCUAACAGGUGCCGACCUUACAGAUGCUGAUCUUCGUGGGGCAGAUUUUUCUUUAGCAAAUGCAGCAAAGGCGAACAUGACCAACGCCAAUCUAGAAGGCGCUACUGUGACUGGUAACACGUCUUUCAAAGGAACAAUCAUCACCGGUGCAGACUUUACUGAUGUUUUGUGGAGGGAUGAUCAGCGUGUGGCUCUUUGCAAAGUUGCUGACGGGGUAAAUCCUGUCACUGGAAAUUCAACACGGGACACGCUCCUGUGCAGCGAUUGACCUACCAGUGAGCUAUCACUAAGCGGGAGCAGAGUGGAGAUUUUGCCCUGCUACGGGAAAUGUGUUGACAGGUUGUUCAUGAGGUGAUCACACCUGAUCGCAGCGAAAGCAAAUUCUCACUUGCCGCAUGAUGAGUGAAACAUGUAAUUUGUGUAGAUUAUUGAAGGGAUGUCGAGCGGGUCAGAUUUAAAACCUGCUGGACACACUUGUCUUGUACUUUAAAUUCAGUUUCGAAUAAACUUUCGAAUAAACUAACUCCUACUGGACACCACGUCAUUACUU